CGAACAAAGAGCGCGGCGAAGAGUGAAUGAGAGGUUGGAGUUUGACGGUGUUUGGCAGUUUGAGAGUAAAAAAUGGCGAAAAUGGUGCUAAAAACGAAAUAUAUUAACGAAGAAGCUGCAGACCUGUGCACUCGGCGUGCAAGUGAUGACUCAGGGGCAGAGGUAUCAGAGGAAGACAGUGAAAUCUCCUCUGAUGACUCUGUGGCAGAGGCAAUGUUUCUCGGGGGAGAAGACAUUACUCUUGACCAGCAACCAUCUGAAGAAGACUCAGAUGUGGAAUGGGAGCCAGAUAGUUCUCCUGCAGGCAAGCGGCCUAGAGAGGAGCAGGACAGUAGUUCCUCAGGAGAGGAGCAACCUACCCCAACUUCAAAGAGAGGUUCUACCACUCCCAGCAGAAGAUCAGGAGGCAGAGGACCAGGGAGAGGAAGGCGGAGGUGGAGAGUCGUUGCAGCAGGAGCCAGGACCAGUCAGACAGGUUUGUCAACCAGCCCUGAAGAGAAAUGGAAUGAUGUUGACGAGCCAGAUAUCACACCACCACAGCCCACCUUCAGACCCAUCCGUUCACCUGGACCCCAGCUCAUACGUACAGCCACUUACACAGCCCUGCAGCUUUUCCAGCUUUUUUUCACAGACACUGUUAUAAAGACAAUUACCCAAAACACAAAUGACUAUGGCUCCACUCACCAUUCAACACCCUCCAACCCGUGGAUUAAUAUAACGGUGAAGGACAUGUUGGCUUUCAUGUCUUUGAUCAUCUACAUGGGUAUAGUAAAAUGCACUGCAUUUACCGAUUACUGGCGAGGGGGUAAAUUGUACAGCCUCCCAUUCCCAAAACAAAUAAUGACUGGAAAGAAGUUCCUCAGGAUCUGUCAGUCCCUUCACCUCAGCAGCUUGGUGGAUGAUGCUGCUAACGAGCAGAGGAGAGGCACACCAGCCUUCGAUCGCCUCGCCAAAACAAAGCCACUCUACUUGGAGAUGAGGGACGCCUGCAGGAGGAACUAUCAUCCUGGCCAGGAAAUAGCUAUCGAUGAGCGAAUGGUUGCCUCCAAAGCCCGCAUUGGGCUAAAACAAUAUAUGAAACGUAAGCCUGUUCGCUGGGGAUACAAACUCUUCGUUCUGGCGGACUCCAGGAACGGUUACACGUGGGACUUUUUUGUCUACGAGGGAAAGUACCAUGGAAACAGUGGGAAGGGACUCAGUUAUGACUCAGUGAUGGAGCUUAUUGACAUAAAGUUGCUGGGCACCGGCUAUAAGCUCUUUGUUGACACUUUUUACACAAGUCCAGCCCUUUUCCGUGACCUCCUUCAAAUAAAGGUCUGGGCGUGUGGGACCAUCCGCACAAACAGAAUUGGCUUCCCAACGGCCAAAAACAACAGUCUGGUCUCAAAAUCUCCCCGCGGCAGCAUACGCUGGAUCAGGAAGGACUCCCUCCUCUUUGUCCAGUGGCGAGACACGAGGGACGUCUUCAUGUGUUCAACACUCCACACAGCCCAUUCCGAUGACACAGUACAAAGGAGGGUCAAAGAUGCAGAUGGGCAAUGGCAGAUGAAGGACGUCUCAAUUCCACCAGCGGUGAAGGAGUACAACCGGUGUAUGGGUGGAGUGGACCUGUCUGACGCCCUGAUUGGGUACUACAAAGUCCUCCACAAGACCCAGAAGUGGUACAAGACCUUCUUCUACCAUUUCAUGGACACUGCGAUUGUGAACGCCUUCCUCCUCCACAAAGAAAUUGCAAAAGGUAAAGGAGAGACACCUCUGCACCAGAAGGCGUUCAGAGAGACCCUAGCCAAGGAGCUGGGAGAGGCUUCCUCCACACCCAAACCCGCUCCACGCGGAGCACAUCACAAACCAGUGCAUAUCACUGCGCACAGCUCCAGUGGUCGGCUGAAGUGCAGGCAUUGCUAUGCAAAGACACCAGUGAAAUGCUCCUUCUGCGAUGUGCCUUUGUGCUUUGUCCCAAGUCGUGACUGCUAUAAUGACUGGCAUGUUGCUAACAACCUAUAAUAUGUUAUAUUUCUAACAUAAUGGAAAUAGGUUGCUGUGAGUUUGCUGUGUAAAAGUUAAGUAUUAUGUUUACAUUUCAUAUAAAAAA